CCCCUCCUCGGGCGCACCUCCAGCUGGCUCCCCUCCCGCCCCCAGGGCUGACCUGCAUCUCCAGCCUCACUUUCGAAGACCGCUGGGAAGGACUCCUGGCCCCUCCCCUAUCGAUGAAACGCAGUUGGGGGAAGUAGGUGUGGCUUCUGUUGAGGAAAACAGGGAAGUUCUUCAACCUGCUUGGAUUCUACCUUUAACUCUUGGGAGUGUUCUCUAACACAUCCAAAAUACCAUCCAGACCCAAGAAACCAAGGUCCAAAACCAGGUCAAGAUGGGAUUUAUAUUUUCAAAAUCCAUGAGUGAAAACAUGAAAAACCAACAGGAGUUUAUGCUUAUGAAUGCUCGACUCCAGGCUUCAAGAUGUAUAGAAAUGUAUUUCUGACUGAUACAAUGUAGAGCUGCUACUGCUCUUCCCAUACAAACCUCCUUUCCUCCAACCACCCUAAGCAUGUUAAAAAAAAAAAAAAGAAAGAAAGAAAGAAAGAAAAAGAAAAGAAAAGGUGCUCUGUAGACAUAAUUUCUUUUUAGUCUCCUAAGAAAAUAAACUCAUGAGCUGGAAAGGCAGCUAAUGAUGCAGAAUGAAAUGAGAGAAAGACAAAUGGCCUUGCAGAUUGCUUGGUCUCGGGAAUUCCUUAAAUAUUUUGGAACUUUUUUUGGCAUUGCAGCCAUCUCUUUAACAGCUGGAGCAAUAAGAAGGAAGAAGCCAGCCUUCCUCUUCCCUAUUAUUCCAUUAAGCUUUGUGUUCACCUACCAGUAUGACUUAGGAUAUGGAACCCUUCUACAAAGAAUGAAAGAAGUCCUGCCAUCCUCCAUCAUCCAUACGAAAAUCUUAAAUACAAUGGUGGAACACAUUCCUAACUUCUCACAGGAGCUGAAGGCAGCACUCUCUGACAGGGAGCCAUCAAUAAGAGAGCUACAACUUGAAAUGGAAAGUUCAAAUCUUAAUUUGGAAGAAUUGAAGAAAGCUGUUCUUAGUGGACAAAAUGAAACUGAAGACAAAAGUCUUUCAGAAUUAGAAAACUCAGGCUUAGAUAAACAUUCCCGAAAAAAGAGACAGUUCUAUGUACCCUUAAGUGAUAAGUGCUGUAAUGUAGGUUGUACCAGAAAAGAGCUUUCUGCACAAUGCUGAUGAAAGUAUUGUGUAUUCCAUCUAGUAGUCACAUGAUUCUUGAUGACACAUUCAGUGAUGCCUCUGUCACCCCACUGAUUAUUAAAAUAUGAGAAAUCAUCACUUAA